AUGGAUAUCAUCCAUGCCGAUCGUGAUAGGCGCCGGUUCCCCCCCGGGGAAGACCCCCGUGGGCGCUCCCGACUCAUCGCCACCAAGGAUAUCCACGAGAUGGAGAGGAUCCUUGAGGAGCUCGAUGUCUACGGCAGAACAAUCACAUGGGAUGCCCUUGGUUAUGAGGCAGGACUCGAUGUUAGCGGAAGAACCGUUAGGAGGGCGAUGGGGACGAUGGAGUACCACUGUUACCUUGCCAAAAGGCGUGUCGAUUGGGCAGCCUUUAUGAAGGGCCGGUAUCCCACAGCAUAUCACUGGCGGAGGGUCCGUUUCAGCGACGAGUCCCAUGCUGGGCUUGGUUCCCAAGGCAAGCUCUAUAUCAUUCGUCGUGAAAUUGAAGAGAGAGACAAAAAGAGAGUACAUUCUGACUUGAUAUCCUACACAACCCCGACAAAUACCAUUGGCAAGAUGUCGCAACGCGUUUAUAUCGAUUCCGUCCUGAAUCCCAUUAUCAAACCAUGGAUCCAAAAUGGGGAUAAUUUUGUGUUAGAGGAGGACCAAGACUCAGGCCACGCCCCCGCCAGGACCAAGGAAAACAUCGUCAAGCUAUGGAAGGAGAAGAACGGUUUAGAACACUACUUUAAUUGCGCAGGAUCUCCAGAUCUCGCGAUCAUCGAGGAUUGUUUUCAACCGAUGAAGCAACAUUUAAAGAAAUUCACCCAUUGGGAGCCGGAUGAGACCCAACAGCUAUUGAAAGAGGGCUGGGAUGGGAUCAAGCAAGACUGGAUUAUGAGGCUACAGGCGGUGAUUGACGCAGAGGGGCAAAUAAUUCCUAAUAUGAAGACCGCUUGAAAGUUAAUCGCCAACAUGACGUAAAUCAACGUAUUUCAUCAUAUCUAGACUCAUAAUAAGUGACUGUACAGGUGGUGAUUUGGUGAAGAAGAUCCCCG